AUGCAGUUUUCCGUUGCUGUCAGCGCCAUCCUUUCGGCCAUGGCCGUCCAAACCGCUCUUGCUGCUACCGUAUGCGUCAUAGGAUUCCCCAAUUGGUACACCAUUAGCUCACAGAUUGAUAGUGCGACGUCAGCGGGAAGAAAGAGAACUGGCUGGGGCAAGGACAACGAAUCUUGCCAGAAACAAAACCCCAACAAUGAGAUCUGGUGUCUUAAUGACAAGGCGAACUACUGCAGCAGAGUCAUGAAGCAGGGCACUAACACGCCUGUUUCCGCGACUUGCGACGCUGAUUGCUGCGAUACUGUCACCGGCUGGGGAACUGGAUGCCCCAAAUAG